AUGGCGGACCAUCGAGCGCAGUACCAGCUCGAGUCCGUGCAGGAAGCAGAACAGUACUAAUUUGGUUGAUCUUGAUUCUGUUUUUUCGAGAAUAUUUGAUCUACAACUGAUCAUAAUUGAAACUUCGUGACUCUGUCUACUGGGUUACGAUUAUGUAACGAGUUGCGAGUAUCUGUAUCAUUCAAUACAUUACGCCUGGCACCACUAUGCGUUUUUUUCUUGAGGAUGCAAAGAAAAGUAAAAAACUCAAACUGAAUUUUUUAGGUACCUGAAGAAGCACAGAAUAAAUGAGCUGUUCAACGACCUCUGCGCCGCGCUAUGCUACAAGAAGCCAGAAAACGUAUUUGAUGACGCGUUGUUGAAUUGAGAUGGUGAGAUCGUCAACGUCUUGCACUUUUUUAUACCUAUGCGGUCACGGGCACGACUACUAGUGUGCAUUGUUGUUGUUUGACAUCAUGCAGUUUUCAUGCGUAAAAUUGGUUCACCUCGAGUGUGGAAGUCUAAAACCACUGACUUAGGUAAAGGGAUUUCUGGUGGAGGAGCUGAAAAAGCGACAAAGCGCGCCUGCGACCUCAAUGUUAUUCGAAGACGCGGAGAUCGAAGCAGUUUUUCGAAUGGCGGACUUGAUGCAGGUCGGAACAAUCACCGCCUCGCAGUGCAGACAAGCACUCUGCAGCAUCGUAUUCCUUUUUUUUUCUUUUCUCCCACGAAACACACUCUAUAUGUGUUUUCAGUAGAAAAUUUGAAAUUUGGCGAAGCACUUUUGAUCAAUCGCAGAAUCUGAACUACAGGUAAACACGCAAGCACAGCACGAGAUGGCAGAGAAAAUGACCUUCGCCGAGGACCGGGUGGAUCUCGCGACGUUCAAAGCCCGUGUUAAGGAGCUCUUCGCGUAGACACUCGAAAAUUCCGGAUUGAUAUGUACGUUGCACUGUAAAUAACACUGUUUUAUUGAAUGCUAACAUUAAACAGAGACAGACCGUGAGCGUGACCCUUCAUCAGCAAAAAGUUUCCAUUUAGACUAUAACCGGCACUCUCGACAGACUGGAGUUAAUAUUACGUUGAUCAGCAGUACGUGAUCGUCAUGACGAAAGCAGAACGCAACAAGUUAUGUAACAAAGCAGACCACUGAUAAAGCAAAAGCAAAACUACAGUACG